CGCGCGCCUGCGGCCUGAGGAGAGGCGAUUGUGGGGAGGGGGAUUCAGGGAACGGAGGGCUCCAUGGAGGCGGGAGAGACCUCGGGUGUGCACUUUGGUAAAGCGAUCAAGCCAAUAGACCAUAAAUCGGUUCACCGGAUCUGUUCAGGACAGGUGGUGCUGAAUUUGUGUACUGCGGUGAAAGAGCUGGUAGAAAACAGCAUAGACGCUGGUGCUACCAGUGUUGAAGUGAAGCUUAAAGAAUAUGGGACAGAACUUAUUGAAGUUUCUGAUAAUGGCUGCGGUGUAGCAGAAGAAAACUUUGCAGGCUUGACUUUAAAGCAUUACACUUCCAAAAUACAAGACUUCUCUGAUCUCGAACAUGUUGAAACAUUUGGCUUUCGAGGUGAAGCUCUCAGCUCGCUGUGUGCAUUAAGCAAUGUUUCUAUUUUGACUUGUCACAAGUCUGCAAAGGUUGGAACGCGUCUUGUGUUUGAUAACAGUGGGAAGAUCAUCUCACAGACCCCUUACCCUCGACAGCAGGGGACAAGUGUCAGCGUGCAGCAGUUGUUUUAUACCCUGCCAGUACGGCAUAAGGAAUUUCAGCGCAACAUUAAAAAGGAGUAUGCAAAAAUGGUUCAAGUGUUGCAAGCGUACUGUAUCAUUUCGACUGAUGUUCGCAUUAACUGCACCAAUCAGGUUGGCCAAGGCAAAAAACAGCCUGUGUUAGGCACCAGAGGGAGUCCUUCCUUAAAGGAAAACAUUGGCGCAGUAUUUGGACAAAAACAGCUGCAAAGCUUGAUACCUUUUGUUCAGUUGCCUGCCAGUGAUGCUAUCUGUGAAGAAUAUGGCUUAACUUCUGAUAUGCCAGCCAAUCUUUAUAUUAUCACAGGCUUCAUUUCCCGUUGUGAUCAUGGCAUUGGGAGAAGUACGACAGACAGACAGUUCUUCUUUAUUAACCAGAGGCCGUGUGACCCAAUGAAAGUUUCCAAAGUUGUGAAUGAAGUGUACCACAUGUACAACAGACACCAGUAUCCCUUUAUUGUUCUUAACAUAUGUGCAGAUUCUGGAAGUGUUGACAUCAAUGUGACACCUGACAAAAGGAAAAUAUUGCUGCAAGAAGAAAAACUUCUGUUGGCAGUUCUAAAAACUUCUUUGAUGGGAAUGUUUGGUAGUGAUGUUAACAAGCUCGUCGUCAAUCAGAGACUGCCAGAUGCCCAAGGAAACUUUAAACCGGUGCCUCAAGAUGAGACAGAAGUGCCUUGUUUGGAAAUGAGCAGUCCCUCAUCUCCAAAUCCCAAAACAGCAAUGAUUGUAGCCAAGCUUAGAAAGUCCUUUUCUCUCCAUCAAGAGACAGAGACCAGAGUGCAGAGUCUUGAAAAUAUCAAGCAGAGGCACGGCUCUCCUGGGCAGAGAGAACUGAUGCUUUUUAGAGCUUCAGGUUCUCUGAAUGAAACUGGCUCUGGAAAGAAAUCUACAGAUGGAACUGAAAUGGAUUCAAGCAAGUCCCUGCUUCCUCACAAAAAUGUCAGGCAGGUAGCAGAAGAAACAGACUCUGGAUGCAGCAGCACCUGUACAGAAUCCGAUACGGGUUUACGUACUCCAGAGCUUGGUAGCUGUUUCAGUGAUGAAAGUUCCCCUGGAGAAGAAACUCAGGUUUCCAAAGAAGAAGUUCAAAUAGCAGGUCUUGAAACGAGUGGACAAAUACAGAUGGCCGCAUGUGAUUUGAACCAAAGUAAAGAGAGUGAAUUAGGCCCAGAGGUCAGUUGUUCUUCUCCAGAUGUAAAACGUCGGAAGACUGCUGUGCCUCUCUCACACAUAGGAAGUUCAUCAGAGAGGAAGGAUAGUCAGAGCUGGGCCACUUUGUCACAGUACGAUGUACCUUUGGAAGUUGACAAGAAAAUCACAAUGCUAGAGUUUUCUAUGAGCCUGUUGACAGAUAGAGUAAAGAAGCUAAUCCAGCGACAACAAAAGAAGGUGGAAGCCCAGAAUUACAGAAAAUUUAGGGCAAAAAUUAACCCUGGAGAAAAUAGAUCAGCAGAAGAUGAAUUACGGAAAGAAAUAAGUAAAGAAAUGUUUGCCAAAAUGGACAUCGUUGGCCAGUUCAAUUUAGGAUUCAUAAUAGCCAGAUUGAACUCUGAUCUCUUCAUCGUUGACCAGCAUGCUUCAGAUGAGAAGUACAACUUCGAGAUGUUACAGCAGCAUACUGUUUUACAGGGGCAGAAACUGAUUGUACCACAGGAUCUUAAUUUAACUGCUCUCAAUGAAAGUGUGUUGAUAGAAAAUCAGGAGAUUUUCAGAAAAAAUGGAUUUGAUUUUGUCAUUGAUGAAGGAGCACCUGUAACCAAAAGAGUUAAGCUUGUUUCAUUACCAACAAGCAAAAACUGGACUUUUGGCCCACAAGAUAUAGAGGAGCUGAUCUUCAUGUUGAGUGAUUGCCCUGGGGUAAUGUGCAGGCCUUCCCGAGUGAGGCAGAUGUUUGCUUCUCGAGCAUGUAGGAAGUCGGUCAUGAUUGGAACAGCACUUAAUGUAAAGGAGAUGAAGAAACUGGUCACCCACAUGGGUGAGAUUGAUCAUCCCUGGAACUGUCCGCAUGGAAGGCCAACGAUAAGGCAUAUAGCCAACCUAGAUCUGGUUUCACAAGAAUAGCAAGCACUUACCCACAAUUUAAAUAUAUAUAUAUUGUGACUUCUUUUAAAAUUCCAGUUGAUCAUGAACAUUUCCCCAAAGCUAAAGCUUAAGCCGCCAUUUUGUGUAGCUUAAAAACAAAAAAGCUUUAUUAUAAAGGCAGCUGAAUUUUCACCUUGGCUACCUUAGUCCAUACAGAGGUAUAGGAAAAAGAUGAAUGUUCGGUCCCCUUAAAUUCUCUGCAAUGCGCUGUCACAGCUCCAGGAUCUUCAGAUCUAUGUCUGUGUUGCAACAUGACCCCAACCUGGAUCAAAGUCUCAUCCCCUUCAUCAGUGUAAAAUAACUUUUAUUAAAGUUCCUCUGCUGCUCUUUAUUGGUUUGGGGGCGGGGGGCAGAAUGGCCAGAAGAUCUAGCACUAUCCAUUUGCUAGUUCCAGGGCCAGCUCAAGCUAUAUCACAGCAUUCUGUGAAAAUUUAAUUUUGCUACCCUCACACUGCAUCUUGUUGAGGAGCUAUGUACCUGACGAGUCCACUUUCCCUUUUUGACAUGUGUGAAUGCCAUGAGAAGAACGUCUAAAAAAGGUGGGUGAAGUGUGCGAUGUCCAGACUUGUCCCAUGAUUCUGGGCAGAGGAAGGCCAUUAGACUCCCUUUUUGAAAGCUUUCCAGUGUCAUCCUCUUGAAUUUUGACCACCCAGCCUGUUGAGCAGGCCUGGCUGUUCAGGACGGAUCUGUUUGCCAUCCGGACUGGAGUAGGUUUGGUGCAGAAGAUAACAAGAUGUAAGUGAUUUUUCCUGUCAAAUCAUCUGUAUUGGAAAUAACUGUAAAUUCAUCCUCACGUGGAUAAACUUGUGUAUGUGUUUACUUUUUUUUUAAAUUAUGAAUAAAUUUUUUACAUG